AGGGCGCAAGUGCGUGUAGGCACACGCAGGCUGGCUCCGGUGGGAAGUUAAAACCAUCUUAUUUAAGCUGUGAGUGGACUCCUCCACGGUUUGACAUCGCCACGCUUUCUCCCUCUCCAUGUCUAACGACGCCAUUAAAUAACUUAUAAGGCGGAAACAACCUGCAGCGUGGUCACCGCUUUGGACUCGGUGUUCGCCUCGUGAUUUACCGGUAUAAACUAGACGGACACAGGAGACUGUGGAUACAACUUUGGGAGUGAGUGACAAUCCCACUUGAUUUCAUCAUCGACCCCGAACGGAACGCUGACAACAUGUUUACACAACACAAGUUCCAGGAUGGGAGCAUCGCGCCAAUGUCAGGGUUCGCCCGUUUUGGAAAAUGAUGACUGUCAGCAGCGACGGAAAGAUAAUGGUCAGCAGAAGAUGGCUAGUGGCGUUCAAGCCGUUCAGGAUAUUUGUGGUGGGAAUAGGCUUCUUCAGUCUGUGCUUUCUAAUGACUUCUCUGGGGGGGCAAUUCUCAGCCAAGAGACUGGGUGACUCCCCCUUCACCAUCCGUACAGAAGUGCUUGGAGGUGUGGAGUCACGUGGCGUGCUGAGGAAGAUCAGUGACAUGCUGGAGGUGAUUCUCAGGAGAAUGGACAGUCUCGCCAAGCUCAACACCACCACCACUGCCGACACGCGACGCCUGGAUGAACUCAGCUCAGCAAUCAACAAGUUUCAACCAGCUGGCCUCAUGGAGAUGAUCCAGGCUAUUGCUCAGAAUGUGUCCAACAUGGCAAUCAGGGUGGAGCAGAUCCUGCAGAACAGCAUUAUGCAAGGCAAAGUGCGAGAUGGGACUUCAACCCAGUGUGAUAUACCCAAAGACCCCCGCUACCCAGAAUGUCCUGGAAAAGUGGAUUGGAUGCGAGCACGGUGGACCUCCGACCCUUGCUACGCCUUCUAUGGUGUCGAUGGCUCCGACUGCUCCUUUCUCAUCUACUUGAGUGAAGUGGAGUGGUUCUGCCCCCCACUGGCCUGGAGGAACCAGAGCAGCCAGCCUACCCAGCAUGUUCACCAGGCAAAGGGAACCAAAAGGCCGGCCGCUUUCCGCACAGAUCUGUCUGUGUUACUGGACCAGAUUGGUACAGGAAAGGAGUCUCUUAGCUUCAUGAAGCGAAGAAUCCGUCGUCUUUCACAGCAGUGGGCCACGGCUGCCCACCGCCUCGAUUCUACACUGCAGCACCGAUCGAGGGACCAGAAGAAGAUCCUAAUCCAUGUGGGGUUCCUAACAGAGGAGUCUGGAGAUGUUUUCAGCCCCAAGGUGUUGAAAGGGGGUCCCCUUGGAGAGAUGGUCCAGUGGGCCGACAUACUCACUGCACUUCAUGUUCUAGGACACAACCUGAAGAUCUCCAUGUCUGUCAAAGAGCUCCAGAGCUUCCUCGGUGUGCCCCCCGGCAGAGGCAGUUGCCCAUUAACGGGCCCUCUGCCUUUUGACCUCAUCUAUACGGACUACCAUGGCCUGCAGCAGAUGAAACAGCACAUGGGGCUCUCACUCAAGAAACACAAAUGUCACAUCCGAGUGAUUGACACAUUUGGGACAGAGCCAGCGUACAAUCAUGAGGAGUAUGCCACUCUUCAUGGCUACCGAACCAACUGGGGCUACUGGAACCUGAACGCCAGGCAGUACAUGACCAUGUUCCCUCACACACCAGACAACUCCUUCAUGGGCUUUGUGUCGGAGGAGCUGAAUGAGACGGAGAAGAGGAGCAUCCAGCAGAGCAAAGUCAACAACAUGGCAGUGGUGUACGGGAAGGAAGCCAGCAUGUGGAAGGGUAAAGAAGGUUUUCUGCAGAUACUCCACAAGUACAUGGAGGUCCAUGGUACGGUGUAUUAUGAGACCCAGAGACCUCCUGAGGUCCCGGCCUUUGUGAAAAACCACGGUCUGCUGCCCCAGCAUGAGCUGCAGCACCUGCUACGCAGAGCAAAGCUAUUUAUUGGCUUUGGUUUUCCCUAUGAAGGCCCGGCACCCCUGGAAGCAAUAGCCAACGGAUGUGUCUUCCUGCAGCCAAAGUUUAACCCACCUCACAGCUCGCUCAAUCACGAGUUUUUCAAAGGGAAGCCAACAUCAAGAGAGGUGUCAUCCCAGCAUCCAUACGCAGAGCAGUACAUUGGCACCCCCCAUGUCAUGACGGUGGACUACAACAACUCUGUGGAGUUUGAUGCCUCCAUCAGGGAAAUUAUGAGAACCAAGGUGGAGCCAUACCUGCCUUAUGAGUACACGUGCAAGGGCAUGCUGGAGCGUUUGCACGCUUACAUACAACAGCAGGACUUCUGUGCCCCGGAGCCUCUCUUCAUCCCCACCAACCUGACCAGACGAGGGUCUGGCAGCAGCUUCACAGGACCUUUGUUUGUUCCCUUACCCAAUUCUACAGCUCUGGGCUGGUCUCCCAAUGUAGCCACUCCACCUGCCUGGCCCCCUCUCAGCGCCCUGCGGGUACUGGUGUCGCAAGAGGGGGAGUCAUGUGUGGAGGCUUGCAGAACACACAGUUUGAUCUGUGAGCCUGCUCACUUUGGCUUCAUUAACAACAAGGAAGCACUGCUAAGGCUGGAGGUGCAGUGCGAGGUUCUGGACUACGAGAUGAACCACGUCCUCCCGGCCUUCUCCGUGUUGCGUCGUGAGUGUGGACUUCAACGGGAACCCCUCCUGUUCAGCUGUGCGGGACAGUCGCCCAAGUACAGGCGCCUGUGCCCCUGCAGGGACUUCCGGCGCGGGCAGGUGGCGCUGUGCAGGGACUGCCUCUGACGUGGGAGAGAGUUGACGGUACAAAGGGCGAGGUAGUGAUGUGUGAGCACUUCUCUGAGAGUGCGGGGAAAUAGUGAUGAAGCACUAUGCAUGGAUUUAUGGAUUUACAGUGGGCUGGCUUGAUCAGCUGCCACGGGUGGUUCAAGCAGCUGCCAUAGCAGUGAUGAUCCUGUGUUGCCAGAGGCAAAGUUAACUGGAGUGUAGCCUGCCCCCUGGAGGACACUUGGAGGACACAGGCUUUCAUUUUGGCAACCUUUAAGGGGAAGAAGAGCCUGUGGUGUCAUUCCUUCAGACGUGUGGACACAGAAGAGGCGAGCGCAGUUCAAUAUCCAAUCUCCUCUCAGCGCAUGCACAAAAGGGAAGAUGGACAAGUGGGUUAUCAUCCGAGCUCUCCCUCCCCUUCCCUCUUUCCCCCAUUUAUCGGCAGAGACAUUUAUCAGACUGAGCCCCAAGUCGGAGGCGUCAUUGGUCAAUGCAAUCAUCUGUGGUCACAAAAGGCAGGAAGGAAGAGCACAGGAAGGAAGAGGACGCAGAUAAAGGCUGCUAAAUUAUUUUCAAUGAAUAAGCUCUCAGACCAAGUGGAUUUUUUUUUAAGUCCUCCGGGCUUUGUGAUCAUAAAAUAAAAAGAUCAAAGCAU